AUGGAGGAGCCUGACAGUUAAAAGAGGCGGAGGCGGCGAAAUGGCGGCGGCGGAAGGAGCGGCAGCGGCAUAAUGAGGCGACGCCUGUAACCGGGGCAGCUCCAGGCUGGGUCCCGCCUGGCAGGUAGGAGGCUCCACCCGGCCCUUCUCCUUCCCUCACAACCCGCUCGCCUCCUUCGCUUGGCUGCUCCUCAACGGGCCUGCCCUGGAGCCCAGCACUUGCCGGGGGGGGGGGGGCUUCCCUUUCUUUCUCCCCUCAGCGGAGCUGUGGGCCGCCGCCGGGUGGGAGGAGGAGGAGGAGGAGGAAGGGCGCCUUUGUCUUCCUCUCAGCCUCGCUUUCUCCCUCCCGGUGUCUGUCUAUGUCUCGCCCAGGCGGCGCGGUCGGGGCCUCCGCUCAGCUUAAUCCGCCUGCUUUCCGUUUCCCUAAAGGGGGUGGGCGGCCGUGUCGCCUUUAUUUCGCUUUAUUUCCUCCUCCCCACGCGCAGCAAGCUUCCUCCCGCUGCUCUUUGUCUCCCCGGGGAUAUCCCGCUUUCUUCAGUUUGGCGAACUCCCAGGGGGGAAGAGGGGUUCAGAAUUCCAACGUUUUCUCUAUUUAUUUUUUAUUUUUUGAUCAAAUGCUCUUCCCUUUCCGGCCACCCGCCCAUGAAUCUGAAAUGCAUCCCCCUUAAGGCUGCGUUCCUUCUCAAGAGUAGAUCCACUGGUAUUAACGGGGCCCAUGUGAGCCAUGUGCGCUGAGCGUGAUGAACGUUGGAUGCAGCUUAUAAGUUUCACCCAGCAGUUCCGAGAAAGCACCCGUGCUACUGGCACAUUUCUGUCUUAAACACCCGCAGUAAUGCCAAAUAAAACAUCCUGUGUCUUUAUUGUUUUAAAAAGAAUGGUGGUGCUCGAUAAAGCAUUUGCUUCCUGUGGAGACAAGUCUUGUUGGAGUCUGUGAGACUCUUUUUCUCUCUCUCCAUUUUCUUUUUUUAAAAAUGAGGUAUGGAUCAGGCUGUGGAGGGGAGGGAUGGUCAGCGCCCAUGUGCUCCUACGGGUAUAAUUCAUGAGGCUGCCACACUUUGCAUUAAGAGAGCAGCUAGAUGUGCUUCCUUGUCUCCCAACCUCAGCCAAUUGUGUGGGCCAUAGCAGGGCAGCAGCAGCAGCAGAAAUGGGCUUUCGCAGGCAUGAUCUUUUUUCCUCCCAGUUCCUUGUCCUACUUCAUCCAUUGUCCUUUAGGAUUACCAGAACACAAUGUCCCAAGAAAUAAGGGGUCUCACUAUGACACUGUGGGCUUACAGGGGUUUGAAUUGAAGUGACUGCCAUUGAUGCAUGUCAACGAGGCUAGAAUAAAUAAGAGAUGUCUGGUAACCUCGAUUUUUCCUGUGCACGCUGCUGCCUCACGUCUGUUCCGGCUGUCUGUCUCUGGCAUUGUUGGGAUAACAGGAGGGUUCUUUCUUUUACACACACACACACACACACACACACUUUAAAUUAACUCAGUUUUCUUGGAAUAAAUACAUUUUCCCUUCUCAUCCCUCUGUUUGCAACUGAGCAAAAGAUGUGAAUUUUAUUCACUGCUGCUUCUAAUGUUUCCCUCAUGGCUCCAUGAGAAGAUUGGAAUUGUAACUUCAUAGUAAGGGCAAGGUGGUGGUGGGGAUUUGUUUACUGUAUCAAUCAAGCUUUAAGUAACACCAAAUAAUAAACUGGAUGUUUUACUGUGGUAGAGUAAUCUUUUGAAAGGCAUGAUUUUUAAAGCAGAAUUCCCUUGAUGUAUUGUAGCAAAUUUUCUGCUCUUGAUGAGUGUAAGGAGACACUAAUCACAUGAUGCAGAGGUAGUAUUUUAUAUUCUGUAUAAUCUUGGCCCAUUACAGUCUCAGUAAUGGGAAGAAGCUAGCUCUCUUCAUGCUCAUUAUAUUUGGACUGUGCGUUCAAUAGUUUGCUAUGGAACAGUGAUCCUACAGUUUAUCCAGUAACAUUUCAUGAGGUUCUUUGUUCAUCCAAGCAACAAUAAAGCAAUUUUGCCCCUUGGUAACACUCUACAAGUAUUAUCCUGAUUCACUGCUAAUUGUAUGUUAUGCAUUCUCUUCAAUAGACAGUACCAGAUAUCACCUUUAAAGAACUUAAGGGAUAAGUGAAAUUUCACAGCUUUAACAAAAGUGCCCAUUGCUACUGCUGGGGAAGAGGAAUUAAUUCUUCAGGGGGUUGGACUAGAUGAUCCUCAGGGUCCCUUCCAACUCUACAGUUCUGAUUCCCGUUAACUACAGUUUCUGACACUUGUUGCUGCUUCAAGACCUUUGUCUUUUCACCCUUUGCCUGAUAAGAAUCUCUGCACCAUUAUUUCUGCUGCUGCCACCCUGUAUUCUUUUCCCAUGGGGAAAAGAAGCUUGAUUGGUGAGGCAAUUUUGGGAAGGCAAAAUUACUAGCAGAGAAAGGGUUAAUUAAUCCCCUUCUUUUUUCCUAACUGCAAUUUCAAAUGCCAUGUUUGUUACAAAGGAAAGAAAAAAGUUGCAGGCAACUCUGUAAAGCAGUCAUGGGGAACAGAUGAUCCUCCAGAAGUUGUUUGAUUUCAUCUUCCAUCAUCCUUGACUAUUGACCAUGCCAAGUGAAACUGAUGGAAAUGAGUCUGACAAUAUAUUCAGGGCCACAGGUUCACCACUCUUGAUGUUAUGUGUAAUUUGUCCCUCAGAGUACAGUGGUACCUCUGGUUACAUACGCUUCAAGUUACAUACGCUUCAGGUUACAGACUCCGCUAACCCAGAAAUAGUUCUUCAGGUUAAGAACUUUGCUUCAGGAUCAGAACAGAAGUCGUGCUUCGGCAGCGCAGCGGGAGCAGGAGGCCCCAUUAGCUAAAGUGGUGCUUCAGGUUAAGAGCAGUUUCAGGUUAAGAACAGACCUCCGGAACGAAUGAAGUACUUAACCUGAGGUACUACUGUACAAUUCUACACCUUGAAGGGCAAGUUGUGAAGGUUGGAAGAGGUUAUAAAGCUUCUUUUUGAGGAAACUAUCCAGAAGCCUACUUUCUAUGCUGAUAUAAUGCCCUGUCACUAGAACUGGCAACCCCAUAAGAGCCAUAGUAUUUGAAUGUAAACUGCAGAGAAGUGGAUGUAAUUGCUAGUGCUAUGAAUUGGUGGAGGUGGACAGGUGCUGUCAGGACUACAGUCAGAACUAUCUAUCAGGACUGUGUGAUUGUAUCCUCCCCAAAUUGAAAUAAGCCUUUUAGCAUUUACUGAAAAUAUAUUAAAUGGAAGCUGAUUCUUCAACAAGUCAAACUCUAAAACCAUCAGAGAUCAGUUAUGACACUGCGCAAUGUUAAGAAUGCCAAAAGAAUAAUUGCAUUUCACAACCAGAAAUGAUUAGUCCUUUUAACUAUUUCUUUGAACUCUGGUUUCUCUUCAGAUCGUAUAAUUUUUUCACCUUUUAUUAACUGUGUACCUUAGUUAGAAAGUUUGGGUAUGAGAGUCAAAUAAUUUUUUUAUUUUAUAAAUCUGUAUUCUACUUUUCUUCUGGAAGGAACUCAAGGCGACUCACAAUGAAAUAGGAUAUCUACUAGAAAUUCAGUUACAACAAAAAGUAUACCUGACACCAGAGAGCUUCAGUAUUCUAAGGGCUAGAACACUUGACCCAUCUUAUGACUAUUAUUUAUUAAAUUCAUACCCUGCCCUUCCUUUGAAUGAGCCCAUAAAUUAUUUUGUGCUUUGAGCUACUUCCUGUGUAUCUGAGAGCCCCUAGCUAGAUUGGGGUGCAUAUUUAUGGAAAAUUACCUGAAAUCUUGAGACUUUUAUAACAUUAGGGAUUCUGACCAUCUUCUUGUUCUAGGUAUUGUGCAAGUUUUUCUUCCUUGCUGUUAAGUUAUCGCUUAUCCAAACCUUAUUUUUAUGCAGCACAGGGGAUUCCACAAUACUUUGGGCAAUAUCUCCAACAUCACUAGAAUAAUCAAUAUCCUGAUAUCUAAAUAGCAGUUCUAAUGCAACCUAGAACUACUUGUCUUCAUGCUAAUAUUUUUAAUAUUACUUCCUUCGAGGGCAUGUGCCCUCAGCCUUUUCACAUGUUUCAUCCAAAAAAUUGAUCAUCCUUCCGGUUACAUUCUAAUUUAUAGGUAUUAUUCAAUUCUCUCCACUGCCUAUGUCUUUAUCUGAAAGGUUGAUGAGAUGAGGUGAGGCUGAACUGUUCAAACUUUGCCCUCACCUGCCAUUCUUGACUGGAGGCAACUUCAGUUGGCCAUCCCUUUCUCUGUAAGAGUGGCUCCUACUGCUCUGGGGAAUCAUGUGCAGCAGUUUCCAUGUCCAUGCAUUGUUUCCCCUCCAGCUUAGGAUAUGCAUGAAUAUACCUGCUUCUCUGUCUGUAUAGUCCCUUGCUGAAUCGGGCACAUGUUGCAAAGGAUAUCAUUAAAAAAAUAGUAAUGCCUCAGAAUGGCAUAUUAGACUUGAUACAAUUCUUUCUGAUUGUUGAUGCUCCUAGCCAAGAAGUAUUGGCAGCAGUAGUAACUUGGUGAACAUUACCAUAGUCCUGUGAUUAGUUUUAACUGUUUUUAAUACUGAAUUUUAAAUAGUUGUAACCUGCACUGAGUCUUGGUGGUGAAGGGCAGGUAAUAAAUGUAAUAAUAAAUGUAAUCAUUUAUAUAAUAAACAUACUGUCAAAGCAGGCAUUUUUUUAAAAAAUGGGCAGGGAUGGGGAACAUGUGGCCCUCCAUAUGUUGCUGGUCUACACCCCCAUCAUCUUGGACCAUUGGCCAUGUUGGCUGUGACUGAUGGAAGUCCAACAGCAUAUGGAGGGUCACAGGCUCCCCAUUCCUCUUUCAAGGGGAAGUUAGAAAUUCCGCAAGAUUGAUCCUGUCACAAAGUGGACAGAUCAAUAAAUUACGGUGGUGGUUUUAGAAGAUGCUUUUAUCUGAAGCAAAACAAUGAAUGUCAUGACAAGUUCAUGAACUCUGGUGGUUGCAAUCUAGAACCCAAGAGAUAUAUUGGAGAGAAGCAGAGAGCUAGUCAUUGUUUCCAAAUUAGGAGUAUUAUUCACAUGCUUCUAACCUUAGCUGAAACUACUUGAGUGGGUGAUGGCAAUGCAAAAUUGGUAUUCUGCAUCCUGUAUUUGAUUUCUGAUAGUUUAGCUGUAAGUGGGCCCAGCUAAACUAAAUCCGUGAGAGUGAGCUCGCUCUCUUCAAUCAUAUGUAACCUUUACAGGGCAAGAGCCAUUUAAUACAUUUCUUUUCUGAUCUUGCUUAAUUAGGCAUGUGGAAUAAACCUCCAUCCAGUAAUUGGAAGUGCUACAACGAACUUUCUGUAUUCAAAGAAAUUGUUUAACAGCCUAUAAGAGCACAGCUAGGAGUGCUUGAGAGGUAUAUAAAGUGAACGAUGUGAUUGCAGCUGGAACCUAACAACACACAUUUUCUUGAAACUAGGCUCUGGACUAUAACUAUUACAUCAGUUCCAGCCAGGUUGGUAAAGGCGGCUUUAAAUGCUACAGUUGAAACAAAAGUCUUCCCCUGUACCUUGAAAAUUAACAACAGAAUGGCCUGGCACCAAAUAUGCCAAACGUUGCUUUCACACAUAAAUGUAUAUAAUUAUAUAUAAAUAAUAUAAUUAAUGCACUGGCAAAAUUUCUGUAGGAAAGAAAAUGUGGCAAAAUAAACUUUAAAGCACAUUUCCUUCAAAUUGGCGCAAGGAAAUGAACAGAGGUCUGAAGUCAGUGGCAACCAUUUGGAUAGAUCUCCUGGAUAUGGAAAAAGGCUUCCACAUGUAGACUGACCGUCCUUUCAUGCAAGAAGUUUUCAUGACUUAUGCUCUUAAGGAGCAUGCUGAACUCAGUUUUCAACUGUAUAUGUAUAUGUUCAGGAGUUUAACAAUAAAGUAGAGUGUUUUGAAAACUGAAGUAAUAUUUUUAUUGUCAACAUCAAAUUAAACAUGUAUUAACAAUUUCUGCAAAAAAUGUGUGUUAUCAAUGUGUCACUUAUGUGAAUUGUGUAUGAGUUCAUGCUUAUCAAAAUAAGAAAUAAAGUGUUGCUGACCUGCCCCCCUAGUGGCGACUAGACUGUUUUGGUGUUUCUAUCCUAGUUUCUAGCACUUCACCGUUUUAUCUCAGGGAAUGAAUGACCGAGACGCCAUUGCUGCCCUGAUACAACCAGUAGAAUGGGAAAUGGUGACAAUAUCUUUAAUCUCCAGACAAAAUAUGAUUAUAGCUCCUUUACGGUAAACUUUUGAAGUGCCUUAUAAAAUUGGGAGCCUUAUGAGAAUUACUCUAGUGACCCAUGUGCUAUAUGUAUGUUAUUUCAGGCCUCAACAGUGGAUAUUGUUUCCCCUGUACAAGAAGAUAAUUUAUAAGUUGCCUUUGGCCUCCAGAAGUUGCUAGAUUUGCUCACAUUAGCUGCCCAAGUGAGUUCACUCAGGGGAAUUCUUCAGCAUCCAGAUUGCAGUUGAUACAAGCUUCUCCAGCUGUAUGCAGAAGACUCUUGGUUUGAGCAGGAAACAUCCAUGAGCUGUAACUGGCUUGAUCUCUUGGAGGUUGUUCUGGAGCUGGAAGCUUUCCAGUUGGUGUAGGGGAGGGGUACUGUGUUCGGGGGGGGGGAGCUUCCUAAGUUUCAAGACCCAUGCCAUUCUACAGGUCUGGGACAUUUAAGCCCAUGUUUAAGAAAAUUAGCUAGGGCUGACGAUGUCUGCAUAGAAAGUGCUUGUUUAAAGGGCUUCCUUGGUGAGAAAUGUGGCACAGCCAUUCCUUAAUGAGUUGAACACACAUUUCCUUUGAAUAGUUUGGCAGUUUGCCAGCUCCAACUCAGUAGUGUAGAAAAGAGAAGUAUAUGAUUUACAUUUAUGCAAAUCUUGUGUCUGGAAACCACACAUAGGCAGCUGCUAUGCUCCCAUGAAGUAAAAAAUGGUUGAGGCUCUGAAAAGACCCCAGCUCUACCAUUUGCCUCUAGUGUUGUUAUGGAAAAGGAAGCUUAUAUCAGUGAGUCCUAAGUUUAUAAAGUAUGGAAAAAACUGACUCUGCAGACCUGACUGCAAGAUUAGUCUCAGUUUGGUUUAUCACCUUUUUUUUUCUUAAGUGAAUGAUUUAACAGUUGGAGGGAAAGUGUUAAAGGUAUUUCUAGAUAGUUUUUGUGUUCAAAAUCUCAUAUUUCGCAUUAUUAUUUGAAAGUAAUUGCAUCCUGAAAAAUCCGGUGCAUUUUUUAAAAAAGCUUUUAAUGUUAAACUUUGAUAGCUUUGGAAUUCUAAAAAUUAGUAGGUUUCAUUAUACUUCAAACUAAGGAGUUGCCAAAUUUCGGUGUCUGCAUUUUAAAAGACCAGCACUAAGAAGCAAUAUGGAGCCUUUAACUUUUACAAUAUUCUUAGAGCAUAGGACUUAGUAUUAUUGGGCAUGUAUGCUAGGAUUAAACUAGCAGUUGCACAAAUAAAAACACGUUUAUAUGACACACACGGCUUUGUACGUACUGUGGUCACACAAUCUUUCUCCUUGCAUAAAGAACUAAAAUGGAAAACAGCAUGCUCCGUACUUAGCAGAUAUUCCUUUUCCUUACAUUGGAUCUUUAUCUGUAAAGUAAAUUUACUGGUGAGUGAUGCUGCUUUAGGACCAGGAGUAUUGCUUCUGUGAGGCUAUGCUUCCUGGCAAAUGGUAUAUGACUUUGACCAUCAAACAGAAGCUGGCUGGCUGGCUGCCUGCCUGCCUGCCUGCCUGCCUGCCUGCUGCAACAGGCCUUUUGUCCAGAGGAGAGCACCAACACAAUCGACAUGGUAAUAUGAUGUAAGCUUGCACUUUCCUACUAGAACUUGGCUCAGUCUUUUGCAUGAAGCCUGUCUAGCAGUAUGUUAGCUUAGGAACUGAAAGGGCCUGCUGCACCGAGGGCAGCAGUAUCCAGUUUAUAUUUUUCUGUCAGCUACACUUCUACUCUUCUGUUUACACCACUUUUGAGGAAAACUAAUGGCCUCCAUCUUAAUCUUAAAUAUUUUGGCGAUUGAAGUGAUGAGUUACCAGUGUCAAGGUGGGAUAGACCAAUGAAAUGUUUCUGUUCAGACAAAUGUUCUGAUUGUAAUGAAAGGCAGCAUUACCUUUUAUCUUGCCAGGGAAGACUAAAUUCUGUUUUAAUUCAGUGAAAUUUUACAGGAUUGAAAGCAACCGCAGAGGUUCUGUGGAAAAAGGAAGCAGGUUUGUGUUCAUUGGCAUAACCAUACCUAUUUAUUACAGAAACAUUGGGCAGAAACUACAGCUGAGAUUCCUGUGGUUUCACCAUGGUUUUAGCAAGGGCAGCCAUCUGCUGCAAACUUUUCAAGGUCUGGUAUCUUUACUUGGUUUGCAGUGUGGAAUAAUCAGUUGUCCCACACAAUCAGCAUGGGAUUAAUCAGGAUGGCAAAUCUGUGGCCCUGCAGAUAUGGUUGGACUGUCAUUUCCACGGUGGCUGGAGAUGAUGGGAGCUGGAGUCAAACAACAUCUGGAGGGCCACAGGUUCCCCAUCCUGCUUUAGCGGGAAGGGUAUAAUAAAUUUAUGAGGAAAGAAGAUGGUGUAGUCUGACACAAAAUAGUGUGUUAUGCUGUGUGCUGAAUUUCUGUCGCAUAUUGGGGAUAUGUUCAUUGCAGAAGGACCAUCUAAAUUGUAAUGGUGUUCCAUGCCACCCCUUGAUCUGGGUUACAGCUGAGAUAGGAAGAUUAACAGUUCUGGCUGGAUAUUUUGUUUUGGUACUUUCCCAAUGUGAACCUGAAUACCCACACCCCAAAGCUGCUGUUGAUAAUAGCCUCAAUAUUCUUCACUGAUAGUGAACUGCUUUUUCAACUCCUGUGGAUGAAUUUUGUCUUGCUCUUUGCUAAAUAGGCUGUUUUUGGACUACACAGACUAGAAACAUGCUGUUAAGAAUUUGAUUUCACUUGGCUAAAAUGCAUGGGAAAUAGAACAGUUAAACUGAAAAGCCUAUUAACAUUUAAUUUUUAAAACCAAUAAGUGUCCAUUGAUUUCUGUACCGUUCUCGUAGUGAAGUGGGAAAAGGGUUGUUGAUACACUGCCUUGUUUUACAUGAAGACACACAAAUGGGCAAUGAGGACACACAAAUGGGCAAUGGUUAUCUGUUUCGCCAUUUUUCUCAGUAUGUAUAAUAAAUAAUGUGGUAGUUGUGUUUGAAAUUUGCAAUAAAAUGGAUGCCAGUCACUUCUGCCCUAUAACAUAGGGCUGUUUUCAACUAAUGAAUCCCGUCAGUGGAAUCCCUGCACAAGGAACUCGGCUUGUGUAUCAGGGCUUCCCCCCCCCCCGUGCCCCCCAAAUGGCUUUGGUGGGUCAGGAGAAACCCCAGAACAGCAGAUAGUGUGAAGUGGGGAAGACAGUAGGAAUCGUUCUGUCUGGCAGAAGGAUUGCCUUAGCACAACUUCGAAUUCCUUCAAAGUGAAUAUUAAGUUCCCCUAAGAUUUCAUUUUCAUAGUGAAAGAAAGUGAAGUAGAACCAGUUGUAAACCUAAUUGAUGUUAGUGAACAAUUGUUUUAACAGGUAAAGUAGAAAAUAAGCUAAUAUGUUCAGGCCCUUAAUCUUUCAGACACUCACUGUCUGCAUCCUUGGCCAAAAAGGACUUUUGAAGGGUAAUGUGCUGUUCUCCAGAGCUAAACAUUAAAAUGCAAGGAUGAAGAGUAUUGCAUGGUGUGGUUGGGUUUUAUUAGAGUUUUUGAAAAUGUGCUGUCUUUUUAUUGCCUUCUAGGAUAUCUAGGUUUGAAACAAAGUUACAGGCUUGGAAACUCUGGAUAAGCUCAAUAUCAAGAUUCAAGGUAGAAAAAUGCUAACGUGUGCUCCUUAAUGCUAUGGUGCUCCUUAACUUUUAAAUGCUACUUGGGCUAUAAGUUUACUCAUUAAGAUUGUUUCCUUUUAUUCUGACUUUGUUUUAACUUUUAAAAAUGACCUGCUAUCAGCAUACUAUUUCCCUUUCUGAACAGUUCAUUAGGAGUAGGAAAUUGUCUUUCAUUCAGUACAUAAAAUGUAAAACUUUGACUCUAUAUUGUGGUUACCAAAUCCUUGAUGAUUUUUACCAGUAUGGAUUAUGUAAUGUUGCAUAAUGAUCUCAUUAAAUUCUCAAGGAUAAUUAUUUAAAAAUGGCAUCCAUAUUUUAGAAAAUGAUUAUAUGUAUCUUCUACAAUGGCUGGGAACCUUGCUGCUUUAGUCAUUUUGAUAAGUAUAAAUAUACACGUUCUUACUCAACCUGUAGAAAGAGUAGAAGCCAUUAUCCCUGCUGCUUCAUAUGUAAAAAGGACUCUUUCUUAAAACUAAUAUUUGUCUUUAUUUAAUGAAGAAUUAUUAUGCUGGUUUAUUGUUAUAUAUUGGCCAUGUUCACCAUUUUUGUAUAACUCAAUUUAUUAACAUUAUAAAAUAAAACUUGAAGAGUUUAUCCUUUUAAUAACAAUAUUUUUCAUUUUUACUGGGGUGGUGGAGGAAGUAUUCAUUCAGGAACUUCUGUUAUCCCAGCUUCUAGAUACAAGGGAUUUGUGGUAUAACACAGGGCUUACCAUGGUAAUUUUCUUUACUUAGCUUUAAGGCUCUCAAAUCUAGCAAAAACUGUUUAGGGUCAAUAUGGUCACUUAAUGCAUUAUUUCCUCCCCUUCCUGCAUAUGUGGCUCCUUGUACAGGAGUUCCUUUGGGUCUUUCCAUCCUCUUCAUUGACAGCCCUCUCAAAAACUGACAUUUUCGGUUGCAGGGAGGGCUGGCACAUCCAAAGAUGGAUUGAACUAACUUUUUUCUCUCCACCCCUUCUUGUUUUUAAUAACACUUUAUUUCAAAUUUAAUAACACAGUUUAUGUACAUCAGUUAUCUGAGUAUCAUAAAUUGAUUGUUCUAAAGAGAAACUACAAAUAGAAAUCCACUUUUGACUGAAAUCUUGAAUGGAAUCUUAUUCUUAAUAUGUGUAAAAGUAUUUUAGCUCUUCGCUAACAAUUUUCUUAUAUUGAUUGAGCAGGAGCUGAGCAGCAAUGUGGUUAGCCUCGAAGCAGAUAUAAUGGUGUCAAAAUGCAGUUCAGAGAACAUAUACUUAGAGGGCACAGAAACUAAUAUGGUAAGUCUGUAUCUAAUUCAAUCAGAAAUCACUAUCUUUUUAAAUAGCCUACAUAAUGCUGGCAUUUCUUUGGAAGAAAACUUCAAAUCACAUUGCUCAAUUUCUCUUACGACUAUUGGGAGGAAUUCACCAUUGGGCUCUUCUGAUCGUUCCAUCAGCACAAACAUUUCAGCUUGCCAUCGGAACCAGAGGCGUCUCUCAACAGCAGUAGCGAGUAGACCCCCAUCGCACCCGUGCCUCCAUUCCCUCAAGCUUCCAAACCCUUUUACGGGAUCAUUUGCCUUUGGGGAGAUACGCCAGGGGUGCCGCUGGGUCCCCAGCACCCAAAACUUCCUUUUGGGUUUUUUUCCGGAGCUCACAGCACCUUUGUGAAGCUCCAAUCUCCUGUUGAGCUCGGAUUUCCCCGGAGAGGUUAAAUCCGCGUACGAAAUGGCCCAUGCAGCACCCAUAUUUUUUUGGAAUUGCUGUAUAUUGCUAAUAAUUCUAAAACAAAACUUUUUGGGUUUCUGAAAAAGCAAUCUAUAUUGUGUUAAAUUGAGGAGUUUAGUUUUGAAACUUUAUAUACGACUUAUUAUUAAAGUGGUGAUAGUACUUUCUGUGGUUAUGUUUAUUGGUUCAUAGCUUUUUCAAUAUCUAGGUUUUCUUUUCUGUACAGAGGAAACUGGUAUAAUUAAGUACUUGCAACAUACUUGUUUGGAGUUAAUGCCCCCUUAAAAUAAAAUCAAAACCAGUAUAAAGAGAAUUGAACUAAUGCAAAGCACAAAAUAUAUGUAUGACUUUAUAUUGAGCUUAGUCCAUGAACUCUAUUCUUGUGGCAGCUGGAAGUUAAUAUCACUAUUUACCAGUGUGUGGCCUAUAUCUUAACAAUGGUUAAGGGAUCAGGUAGGGUAAAGCAAUUGCAAACUAUCUUCCCCUGUCAAGCAUUAAUUCUCUCAAUACCUUCACAUAGAAUUUGCACUCUAGGCAGAGAUUGGAUAAGGUGGUGAUGUGGCUUAUCCUGCAAUUUCAUCAAUGCAGUUAGAGGUGAUACCUAUUUUGAUCUUGUUUGUGGACAUUUCUAUUUAAAAUAAGUUCUCAAAUCACUUCACAAUUGUUUACUUAUUGUUUGACAUUAAUAAUAGUAACUACUUAUAGCAGUGGUUCCCAAUCAGCUAAGUACUGUGGACCCCCUGUUUUUCAAAAACCAAGUCGUGGAACCACUACUUUUGAAAAUGUUGAUAUCUCUGUGGUGGUUUUUAUUAUGUUAAUUUUGCCACACACCUCCUGGGUGGGUAAUGCAGAGCCUCUGAGGUCCGCAGACCACCAGUUGGGAACCACUGGCUUAUAGCAUUAGUAUCUUUUCAAAGUGCAAUUAAAUGGAGGCUAUCCCCCACACCGCCCAUAGCAAUCUACAGUGAGAACGUAGUGGAAUAAUUGCUGUUAAGUGCUAUAGGUUGAGAGAACAUUCCAGUUUAAUUUGGAGAAUAGCAAGGACAGGUAUAACUCAGGAUAACAAGUAUUUUCAUCAUCUGAGUUCCUCUUCAUUUAACUGCACUGAAUGAGCAUAUUAUAGGGAAAGUGGGUACUGCCUUGUUUGCUGGGUAUAUCUGUGGUGCUUUCCAUUACUUGUUUGGUCUCAAUUUUCCAACCGUGGCAUGUGGAAAUAAACUUUCAAUUAUUUACGGAUUUUUAAAAACGUUAUAUGAUAUUCUUUGGUGUACUGCACAAGACCAUAAGGAGGUAGGUAUGCAAAAUUCAAGUUGAAAGUCCAUGAAAUAUAGUUGAGUUAGUCCUUAAGUGAUUAAUAUAAUCUAUCCAGGAUGGAGAGCUCAUAUAAUGUAGUGGUGAAAGAGCAAUGAUCUGGAAGGUUGCCAGUUUAAUCUUAUAUUUGCUACUAACUCCCUAAGUUACUUUAGGCAAGCCACUUUAGGCAUUACCUAGUGCCCAUUUGCACUACUUACAUAGCUGUUGUGAGUAUUUACAUAGCACUUGCAGUGAGAUAUGAUUUAUAUGACUCGUUUUGAACAUUGAGAACAAUGCAAAUACUCCUUUUAUUCUAUUAUUAUUACUACUGAUAGCAUUGCUGCCUGUAUUCAGCUGAAUUUUAUCAUACGUUAAGUCUGGAAUAUUGCCUGUAGUUUGUCUUUAAAGAUUCCAUGGGCAUAUUUAAAAAUGUAAAACCUGAGUGGAAAAGUCAUACUGUAAAAGUUGUAAUUUUUAUUUUGUAAGAUAUGAUUAGUAACUGGUUUCAACGCUCUUUCCCCCCGUCACAGUAA